CUAAAAUGUACUUUCCAUAUUGAUUUUUAAGGUAGUUUUCCAUUUCUUGGGCUGAUCAGAUCAUCCUGUGUAUGCUAUUUAGUCUCUUGCUCCUGAUCUUCAAAAGGAUAAAUCAAAUAGAAGACAAAGAUUGGGGCGUGGGGCUGUGGAUACACAGACAAAGCCAUGAGAGUAGUGUUUCCUCAGAGACAGAUGUCAGAAGGAACUAAGGCAGGCAUAUGAGAAAGAGGGAUAAAAAGCAACAGAUAUGAGAUUGUAGGGCUAUUCGUCAUCCAUUCUCCAAUUACCCUCUCAAACCUUCUCCGACCAGAUGCCAACCUUAUGCUUUAAUUGUUGAUCCUUUCAAAUACGAUGUCCGUUUUAGGUUCUGGAAAAUCAGCCCCAAGAUGUCCUUCAGUGAUCAGCAGUGCAAGCAGCCCUGUGUGCCCCCUCCAUGUCUUCAGAAGACCCAAGAGCCAUGCCAGGCACAGGCUGAGGAAGUGUGUGUUGCCCCUUGCCAGGACCCCUGCCCAGAGAAGGGCCUGCCACAAGUCCAGGAGGUGUGUAUUCCUGAGAGCCAGCAGCUAAACCAAGAAAACUGCCCACAGCAAAGCCAAAACCAAUGUCCAUCUCAGAGCGUGGAAGUCUGCCAGGAGCCAGCCCAGACGAAAUGCGUGGAGGCUGUCCCACAAAAGGUUCAGGAGAAGUGUCCGCUCCCUGGAAAGGGGAAGUAGCUGCCCAGAUGCCCUCUAAAGCUCAGAUGGCCAUGGAUGAAACCCAGUCCCCGCCCCCUUCGCUCCGGUGACUUCCCCUGAGGGUCCCUCUGUGUGCAGUGUGCCUCCCUGCCCCCUGGUGUUCUCACUGCUCCAGGACUUGGUGUGUGUCUCUGAAGAUGGUUCUCUCUGUAUUUCAUCAACUUCUGUGAACAAGCCAGUCCAGUGGUAGGUCUCAAAUGCAGGAAUGAUCUUCUUGUCAGGAGAGACUGCUGAAGCCUAGCACAGCUGCUGGGGGCAUAACUCGCCCGCCCCUGGGUGGGUAACACCCAAGGAUGUCCCGAUGUAUCUUUCAGAGGGUCAGGCUCUCAUCUGACAUGCAAACCAAGCUGAAUUCUGAUGAACUUUGCACAGAACAGCAUGGAUUGAUGCAAAAAUUAAAAAUUGGGUAGUUUCAUCUCUGCAUCCUAAAAAGAUCAGGAAAUGGUUGUGCAUGGGAAUGUUGAUUGUGCUUUUAAUGAAGAGUCUAUAAAUUAUUUAAUCCAAACAGCCAAGAAAGAAUGUGGAGAGAGGACUUUGGGGUCCUGUCCAUCCUUGUGCUUCCUAGGUGGUCUGCUCUGGGACCUUCAUUUUCACCAUGUACACUCUGCAGAUCUGUGAUUUGUGUCUGGAUGCAAGCUGGCCGCCCUCCAGCUUCCUUGCCUUCUUCUCCCUGGUGAAGGUGAAACGUAAUAAUAAAGCUGAUCCUCAGGCUGACAUGUGACUUGAUGUGU